AUGACCUUGAAGUGGAUCAACAAUUGUCCGAAAAAUAAAACAAAGACUCCACGACAACGCGCUCCUCGUACUCCGUUAAACAGUGCAACGUGUGUACCUGUAACAUUUAUUGGAAUUCUAAUGGAAGAUUUGAACGAAGUUAAUCCAAAAAAUAAUCUGGUGGAAAAGGAGCCAUGCAAUUGUGGAGAUAUGAGAUGCUUAUCGAAAGCAGAAAAUCCAAUAGAUGCGUUGGAACAAGGCAUUGAAUGUUUAUUUGGUGAGAUAUAUUCGAUUAAUAGAGCACUAUCUAGAUAGUGUAAAAAAGCAGAUAGACAGUAUAAAGAAAGUGAUGAAAGGAGUUACAGAUGAUGAAUUCAACAAAUUACAAUGGUAUUGGGCGUUCGCGAAAUUUAGCUCUGGAUGCGCUAGUGCCCACUUAUAUCUAGCUCUUAAACGUAUUGGAAAUUGUAAUAAAGCACAAACUAUUUUGAAAUAUAACCAAGAGAAUAAAAUAUUUCAAAAAUAUUUAUUGUGGAAGCAGAAAUAUGCAAAAGUCAUACAAAAGUAUCUUUCGCUAGACCAAAAAACUGUUUACUCAUACAAAGGUCAGGUUUUAGGUGAAUAUUUUAAAUUCAAAAAUUACAAGAGAGAACGUAUUGAAAAUGACAAAAAGUAUAAAGAUACAUGA